AUGGGCGCCAAGGUAAGAGAGAGAGCCGGACCCGUUGCAAUUCAAAUUCCUAAUGCUGCAGAAUACGGAAGUAUCCACUUCAUCUUGAAAUUCAAUGGAGCCCAGAUGAGCAGUGGGCCGAAUCAUCAAAAAAAGAGUCCCGACAGCAGCGGCGAGGCCCUCUUGGAUCCUUGUUUGGCUCCAUUCAACCGUCACCCAUGGCAAUCGACUCUAGCAAUCCCUUAUUGUUGCAGUGCAGGUGAAGGUACUCUGUACAAUAUCUUUGUGCCUGAGGCCGAGGCACAAGGCUAUAUCCAGGGUACGCCAUGGAGGGAUGGAUAUGUGUCCUCGACAGCCAAUGACACCAUUGGUAUUUCGCUCUGCCUCUUCUCGACUGGCGUCAAUAUGGAACAUUUGUGCCGCGGUGUUUUGAUCGGCCCUCCACUUGCCUAUGUGUAA